ACCACCUUGUAUUAAACACUGAGCAUAAUAAAAAUAUUUUUAGUUUGUGAACUAAAUCUAUCGGAUAAUAAAAACGGCAUAACAAUAUUUCAAUUCCCUGUAUUAUUAGUUUUUUAGGUUUUCCAACGUUGACUGUUACUAAGUUAUUAGAAAAGAUGGUUUUAUCAGCGUUUUAAAAGAUUAUUUCUACGAAUGUAGGACUCUUCUUGAGAUUGGUUGUUGACGAUCUCAUGCGGCUUAUGCCUGAUCUAUUUUCAACAAUAGAAAAAUUCGAUUUUUGCAAGAUAACCAGAUAUCGCCAGACUACAAAUAGCGCCACAACAGUAGAUAAUUGAAACUUCCGACCAAAAUGUACACCAAAAUAUUUUUGAUUUCGAUUUUGGCAAUUCUAAGUCCCACAAAUGGGGCGGUGGACAAAGUGAUUUGUUACUACGAAAGUUGGGUCUCGGAUUUCGCCCCCGAGGACAUCGACGUGUCCGCCUGCACGCACGUCAAUUACGCCUUCGUGGGCAUCAACCCAGAUGGGAGUUUCCGGCUGGACGGAAGCGAUGACGUUUUGCGGCGCCUUGGGGCCCUCAAGUCGCGAAACCCGGGCCUGAAGUUGCUGAUAAGUGUGGGGGGCUGGAGCGAGGGCUCGACGAAAUUUUCGGACGUUGCCGCCGAUCCUGGUAAGAAGAUCAACGUAGCUUACAGCACGCUCUACUACAUGCAAACGUAUAACUUCGACGGGAUCGACAUCGACUGGGAAUACCCGGGCCAGCGUGGGGGAACCCCCGCCGAUAAGGAGAACUUCAUCGAUAUGUUGUGGGUGAUUCGGAACGUUUUGGACCAGAACGGGGGCGGGCUGAUCACGGUGGCGGUGUCGUCGUACCCGGACCCCAGCAGUUACAAUGUUAACGCGAUUUCGCAGGCGGUUGACGCGAUCAAUGUCAUGACUUAUGAUUUCCAUUCGGCGAGUUCUGGACAAAAAACCGGGGAAAAUUCCCCACUUUAUGCCUCUUCGAGCGAUUCCGAUUGGGAGAGAAAUAAUGCCAAUUGUGACGCGGCGAUUAAUAAUUGGUUAAAUAGUGGGGCUGACCCCACUAAAGUCGUUCUCGGGUUGGGUUUUUACGGGCAAAGUUUCCAACUGGCUGAUGGUAAUCAGCAUGGGAUUGGCUCGCCUAUUGUGGGGCCUGGACUAAACGGUGGUCAAGUCAUUUAUGGAGAAUUGUGUAAAUUGAACGAUGGGUGGGUUAAUGCGUGGGAUGACGAGCAGGAAGUGCCCUAUAAAUAUUCCGGUGAUCAGUGGAUUGGUUACGAUGACCCACAAUCGAUUGCACUUAAAGUUCAGUAUGCCAAAAGUAGAAAUUUGGGUGGUGUGAUGAUGUGGGCUGUGAACCAGGACGAUAAAGCCGGGGCUUGUGGCGACAGGAAUGGGUUAUUGCAAGCCAUUAAGAAUAAUUUGUAAAUUAGGAAAAAUACUUACCUAUUUCCUAUUAUUGAUUUUUUUUUUUGCUCAAACGGAAAAUAAAAGGCAAAUUCGUCAAAAAAACU